CUCCCAACCCACCCGGGACCCUGCACCGGCUGGGGACCAAUCCGCAUCCCGGGGGAACCGGCGAUCCUGGGAUGAUCGGAACCCCCCAAACAGAGAUUCCACUGCACCGUCUGCCUCCCGGGGCCUGCCCGGUGGGCCUCCCGCCCCCGCUACAUUGCACUCCUCUGAAACUCCCGCUGGCCGCUGCAUACUCACUGAUGAUGCUCUCUGGGCCGCCCGCUGCCUCUGCGUUCUCUUCCUGCAGGGACCCCCCGAAGGCCCAUUCCCCACUCUCCUCCAAGUCUGGGGACGUUGGAAGACGCCCCCUGUUUGGGGCGGAGCCCAAACUGCGCAGGUUACUGACAUCCCGACUGCACCACCCCCCAUCCCCAGGGCCGCGACCCCAACGUCCCUACCCAGCUGAGCCCCUUGCCAGCUCCAGCACCCCCUCCUGCGGAGAUUCGUCUCUAUUUUCUUUCUUUCUUCUUCUUCUUCUUCUUCUUUUUUUUUUUUUUUUCUAAAGGGAGGCUCAGCGGAAGCCCCGAGUUAUAAUUAGCCCCACUCGGGUUUCCUGAUUAAUCUCCACAACGCCACUAUCCCCAGAUCCAGGCGACCAAGGCUGGCUGGGUGAUGGGUGAACGCCCGGAGGGGUAGUUCCGACCCGGGGAAUUUUGAUCUCUUGGCUGGAGAUGCCGGAACUACAGCAGCUGUUGCCCCCAAAAUAGCAACCCCUGCCUUUGCAGCGGGGAUCUCCGGAGCUCCGGGAACACGGGAGUCCUGGCUCGCCCUUCAGUCCCCUCUGCGAUGCUCACGAUCCUUUCAGAUCCCCCCCACACAUCAAGGCACGAGCGGGGAGCGCUGGCCUCUUCUUGGUCUCUACUGCUCCCGGUUGGCAGCGGCGGGCACUACAAUAUGGGGACGCACGGGGGCUUGAGUCCUGGGGAGCCCCUCAAGGGGCUGGUGAGCCAAUUGGCUGGAGUCAGACGAGAGGGGUGCGGCUGAUGAGAAGCCAACGGGUACCAACCGGCUGUACCAGGAAGGAGAUGAGGCGGAGCAGGGUGGGGCAAGGCGUGGACCGGACAGGAUUUGGGAUGCCUACAGGACCUGGGACUCCCAAUACCUUGAAUGCCCAACCCACUCCCCGAAGGCUUUGGCCAACCCAGGAGAGACUCAGAGCAGUGCUUUCUUACCCUAACCUGCAAGCUCCUGAAGGGCCCCACCCGUCUUUGAGGGCCCCGCCCCUGUCCUGAGGCCUGUACAUGGACUGAGGUCUUUCCGACCCUGCGCUCUAUGCAAGGGGUCUUAACUCAAGUCACAGAGGCAGGGGAAGGAGACAUCGCCUGUCUUGGCAGUCAUGAGGCCUUCCCGGUAUCCCCUGCACACACCCUCCCUGGCUUCGCCACUCCUCCUCCUCCUCCUCUCCCUCCUGGGCGGAGGGGCAGGGGCUGAGGGCUGGGAAGACCCACAGCUGCUGGUGAGGGUUCGAGGGGGCCAGCUGAGGGGCAUCCGCCUGAAGGCCCCUGGGGGCCCAGUCUCAGCUUUUCUGGGUAUCCCCUUUGCAGAGCCCCCUGUGGGCUCACGUAGGUUUAUGCCACCAGAGCCCAAGAGGCCCUGGUCAGGAGUGUUGGAUGCUAACGCCUUCCAAAAUGUCUGCUACCAAUACGUGGAUACCCUGUACCCUGGGUUUGAGGGUACUGAGAUGUGGAACCCCAACCGAGCGCUGAGUGAAGACUGCCUGUAUCUUAACGUGUGGACACCAUAUCCCAGGCCUACUUCUCCCGCCCCUGUCCUCAUCUGGAUCUAUGGGGGUGGCUUCUACAGCGGAGCAUCCUCCUUGGACGUGUAUGAUGGCCGUUUCCUGGCCCAGGUUGAGGGGACCGUAUUGGUAUCUAUGAACUACCGAGUAGGAACCUUUGGCUUCUUGGCCCUGCCGGGCAGCAGAGAAGCCCCUGGCAAUGUAGGCCUGCUGGAUCAACGGCUUGCCUUGCAGUGGGUGCAAGAAAAUAUUGCAGCCUUUGGGGGAAACCCGAUGUCAGUGACUCUGUUUGGGGAGAGUGCGGGCGCAGCCUCUGUGGGCAUGCACAUUCUGUCCCUGCCCAGCCGGAGCCUCUUCCACAGGGCUGUCCUGCAGAGCGGUACACCCAAUGGGCCCUGGGCCACCGUGGGUGCAGGAGAGGCCAGGCGCAGGGCCACACUGCUGGCCCGCCUCGUGGGCUGUCCCCCAGGCGGCGCUGGCAGCAAUGACACAGAGCUGAUAGCCUGCCUGCGAUCGCGGCCAGCUCAGGACCUGGUGGACCACGAGUGGCAUGUGCUGCCUCAAGAGAGUAUCUUCCGAUUCUCCUUCGUGCCUGUGGUGGACGGGGACUUCCUCAGUGACACCCCAGAGGCCCUCAUCAAUGCCGGAGAUUUUCAAGACCUGCAGGUGCUGGUGGGUGUGGUGAAGGACGAGGGCUCCUACUUUCUGGUUUACGGGGUCCCAGGCUUCAGCAAAGACAAUGAAUCUCUCAUCAGCCGGGCCCAGUUCCUGGCUGGGGUGCGGAUCGGUGUACCCCAAGCAAGUGACCUGGCGGCCGAGGCUGUGGUCCUACAUUAUACAGACUGGCUGCAUCCUGAGGACCCUGCCCACCUGAGGGAUGCCAUGAGUGCAGUGGUAGGCGACCACAACGUUGUAUGCCCCGUGGCCCAGCUGGCUGGGCGACUGGCUGCCCAAGGGGCCCGGGUCUAUGCCUACGUCUUUGAACAUCGUGCCUCCACAUUGACUUGGCCCCUCUGGAUGGGGGUGCCCCAUGGCUAUGAAAUCGAGUUCAUCUUUGGGCUCCCCCUGGACCCUUCGCUGAACUACACCAUGGAGGAGAGAAUCUUUGCUCAGCGACUUAUGAAAUACUGGACCAAUUUUGCCCGCACAGGGGACCCCAAUGACCCUCGAGACUCCAAGUCCCCACAGUGGCCACCGUACACCACUGGAGCGCAGCAAUAUGUGAGCCUAAACCUGAAGCCGUUGGAGGUGCGGCGGGGGCUGCGCGCCCAGACCUGCGCCUUCUGGAAUCGCUUUCUCCCCAAAUUGCUCAGCGCCACCGCCUCGGAGGCUCCCAGCACCUGCCCAAGCCCCGCCCAUGGGGAGGCUGCCCCGAGGCCCAGGCCAGACUUAUCCCUGUGCCUCCUCCUUCUCUUGCUUUUCCUCCUCCACUCGCGGCUUCCGUGGCUGUGACUACAGUCUCUUCCCCCUCUGGCCUCAGAGGACACUUUAGUAUGUGGCUGGGAGGAAAAAAAGAGGCCCCUCUCAGGGAUACAGCGCCCCACCCCCUUCUCAAGCGGAGACCAGCUAGACAGACUCAGGGAUCUACACACCAUUGUUUAAAGCGAAAAUUCAAAAACCAGUUUUCUUUAAUGUAAAAUUAUCAUUUGCAAGUUGAGCCUGAUAUUGAGGGGGAAGGACCCGGGGCUAGACAGAGCCAGCUAACGGGGCUUAUAACCGCCAACCAUCUCUGUAUCUUCUCUUCCUCCCUCCCCCCCAACCCAUGGACCCUCCUCCCAUUCCGAUCCUGUCCGUCCCCUCCAUCUUCCGGUCAUUGCUCUCCUCCUCUCUCCUUCCUGCCGCCCUUCUCCUCCACCUCUGCUCUCAUCCUCCGGAUCAUCAUCCACUGUUCUCUUUCCACCACACCAUUUCGGCCUCCUGCGUGGCGUGCGUGGCGGCGCCCUCGACGGCCCCUCUCACUGUCCGACCUGCUGGGUUUCCUCCUCCCGCUCUCGCGGGGCGCCCCGGCUGCAGACACGCUGGACGAGGCGGAGCGCCAGUGGAAGGCCGAGUUCCACCGCUGGAGCUCCUACAUGGUGCACUGGAAGAACCAGUUCGACCACUACA